AAUUGAUAAAGGGUGCGACCAGAACUCCAGAAAAUUUACGAGGAAACCCGGUUUUCCUUCUUUUCACGUGCUCAAGUAAAUAAAAUGGCCAACGAUGCUCAUGAGGAAUUUUGGGGUUGCACCCUAAGCAAAGACAAGAAAGAAAUUGUUUGGGAUCCAAGUGCUGAAACUGAAGAUGACGUAGAGCACAAACUUCAAAUAACGGCAGCAUGUCUUGGCCAUAAAGCAAAAGAUGGUGAAAGGAAUCUUGUUGAGGUGACAACAGAGGAUGAUGAUGGUAAAAAAAUAUCAUGUCCCAUAGUUUCACUACGGAUAGGAGGAAAAGAAUGUAUUCAUCUUGAUCUUGGAUUUUGCAACACAACCAAAUUUAUAUUGAAAGAGGGGGCUGGACCUCUGUCAUUAUGUGGUGUCCAUCUACAAGCUCUUCCAUUGGACUUUGAUGAAAAUGAGGAAAGCUCAGAAGAUGAGGAAGUACCAGAUUUGAUGCCAGCUAAAACCAAAAAUGUACAAGAUAAAUCUAAAAAAGUGGAGGUUAAACCUGAAGAUAAAAAAGACCAAAAGAAAAGUAUUACUAAAAACCCAGCAAGUCCGGCAAAAAGACCUUUAAUAACAAGCAAAAAGGAUGAGCAACCAGCGAAAAAAAAGAAGGCUGCUCCUGUUGCUGAAGAAAGUGAUGAAGAAAGUAAUGAGGGCGAACAACAAAGUGAUGGGGGUGAAGACGAAUCUGAUGAAGAAUUGGAAAACAGUUUACUGGAUAAUCAGGCUGAAGAAGCUUCUGAUGAUGACAGCGAAGAAGGCGAUGACGAGCCGGAGGGCGAUGAUGUUGAUACAGAUGAUGAAGAUGAUGAUGAUGAAAUGGAAUCAGAUGAUGAUGAAGAAGAAGGGGAUAGUGAGGAUGAAGAGGAAGAAGAAAAACCUGCAAAGAAAACAAAUAAAAAGAUAAAUGGACACAGUAAAGAUGCAACUCCUGCAAAAGCUAAAAAAGAACAGAAAACUCCGUCAAAAGAACAGGGGAAAAAGGAGAAUGUUAAAACACCAGCUAAAAAGACUCCUGAAGAAUUAAAAGCAUUUUUAUUAAAGUCGCCAAAUUUACCGAAAAAGUUUGAUAAAUUCGCUAACUUUAUGAAGAAUAAUAUGAAAGUUACAGAUCAAAAGUCUCAAAAGGAAUUAUGGGAUUACGUGCAGAAGAACAAGAAGUAAUGUUGGUUUUUUAGGAUAAGUAGUGACAGGUCGUAUGUUUCCCGUGUUACUCCGCAUGUAAAUAAUAAAAAAGGGAAAUAAAUAUUUUUACGUACUA